ACGGAAAGGAAAAAGACACGUGACCCCCGCGCGGCGGCACCGCCGCCGCCUAGGCCCCGGAUGUAGGGGCGAGCCUUCGCCUGCGCACCGCCCCUCCUCGCGCGCAGGCGCGUUGGCCGCACGCCUGCCGGCUGACGUGGCGCCAGCCGAAGUCUUCCUAGCUCUCUGGCUGCACCUGGGGACUCCGCGGAGAAAUGUUAGAGAGCCGGUUCUCCGCCACCUCACUCUUCGAGCGACAAUCUGGAUGGGAAAGGACGCCUCUUUUGAGCCAGACUGGAGGGCAGAGGUAGAAUGAGGAAAGCCUGAAGAGAAGAGCGAAGACUGGAGUGGGCUGAGGAGGGAGCGGAAUGAAGAUCUGGAGCAGAGAAAUGAGGGAGAUCUCUGAGGAAAAGGACACAAAUGGAGAAGUUCUGUGGGUGUGGUGUUAUCCUUCCACGACAGCUACUUUAAGGAACCUACUGCUGAGAAAAUGCUGCCUUACAGAGGAAAACAAACUUCUCCAUCCCUUCGUCUUUGGUCAGUACAGAAGAACAUGGUUUUAUAUCACAACAGUUGAAGUUCCAGAUUCUUCCGUUUUGAAAAAGGUGACUCAUUUUUCUAUUGUUCUGACCGCCAAAGAUUUUAAUCCAGAGAAAUAUGCCGCCUUCACUAGGAUAUUGUGUAGAAUGUACCUAAAACAUGGGAGCCCAGUUAAGAUGAUGGAGAGUUACAUCGCGGUUCUCACAAAGGGGAUAUGCCAGAGUGAAGAAAAUGGCUCUUUCCUUAGCAAGGAUUUUGAUGCCCGAAAGGCAUACCUUGCAGGCUCCAUCAAAGACAUUGUAUCUCAGUUUGGAAUGGAAACUGUUAUCUUACACACAGCACUGAUGCUAAAGAAAAGAAUUGUCGUCUAUCACCCUAAAAUAGAAGCUGUUCAGGAGUUUACCAGGACUCUGCCUGCCCUGGUGUGGCAUCGACAGGACUGGACCAUACUUCACUCCUACGUGCACCUGGAUGCCGAUGAGCUGGAAGCCCUGCAGAUGUGCCCAGGUUACGUCGCUGGAUUUGUAGACUCGGAGGUGAGCAAUAGAUCUGACCUGUAUGAUGUGUUUGUGAAUCUGGCAGAUGGUGAGAUUACCAUUGCCCCGCUUGCAAAAGAGGCCAUGACAAUGGGCAAACUACAUAAAGAAAUCGGUCAGUUAAUUGUCCAGUCGGCAGAAGAUCCAGAGAAAUCAGACAGUCAAGUUAUACAGGAUAUUUCCCUAAAAACAAAAGAAAUCUUCACCAACCUGGCUCCAUUUUCAGAAGUUUCGGAUGAUGGAGAAAAGCGAGUGCUCAAUUAUGAGGCACUAAAGCAAAGACGAUUUCCACCAGCAACAGAAAACUUCCUCUACCACCUAGCAGCCGCGGAACAAAUGCUGAAAAUCUGAUGGUGGGACAGAAUGUAUCACUACUGAUAACUGAUCUAAAGCCCUAGCACCAUGAUUAUCCAUUAACUGUGUAAAAUACUGGAAAUAACAAAGAAAAUGUUAUAUUUUUAAUGAUUUAUUUGAAAGCAUUGCAAUUUGACCUGAAAAAGCACUGAAACACAUACGAAAACACUUCCGAUUUCCUCCUAUCUGAUUAAUUUCACGCCUACUCUCAAUGUUUACAAAGUGCUGUAACCACCUAUAUAUAUAACAUUAUAAAACAGCCUGAUGUCCUGGAGUUAAGAGCAGAACAGCUCUGUCAAGUUCUCCUGCAAGUCACAGCAAAUCCGAAAGCCUUCAUUAUUAUAAGUUCCAGUUUGUCUCAGUGUGUAACCACAAACUAAUGGUUUAUUUUCAGAAAGCUGCCUGAAAUUGUGCUUUGUAUUCUUCUAGGAAGAACUUUAAUUCCUCAUGAGGAACUCUACUUUGAGCCAAACUACUAAGUUUUCUGCAGAACCGUCUAGAAGAUCAUUCAAAAGACCCUGCAGUUGCACUUUCUUGUAAAAGAAUUUUUUUUUCCUUAGCCUUUGAACAUUUUGCCUAUAGUAUGAGGGUUCUGCAUAGAUUUUAUACUGGAGUAGACAACUUAAUAAUCCAUAUUUAUACUGUUGCAGAGGUAAGCAUUUGGCAAACUUAAGCCAUUAGUACUCUUUAAUUAACCCAGUUGCUAGCAAUAUUCUUUUGAAAAAGAUGCCAGUCCUUAUGUAGUAGAGUAAAAGAAGAAAGCCCAUUUGGAAUAUAAAUGUCUCUAUGGCUGAAACAGCAGCCUUAUGUAAUUGGUGAGAGAGUGUGAGAAUUAACUUCUUGUAAAGGCCAAAACCAGAGAAUGUCUUCAAACAACAUCAGUAAAAAUAAUUUGGCCACGUAUGAAGAUAACCGUUCUUUGUUUAGUUAGGUAACUUUUUCAUAAUUGGAGACCUAAAAAUUGCAAAAUAAGCAUGGGGGUCUAAAUUAUGUUCUUAUUAUAUGUGUUCAUAUUCAUUAUGAAAGGUUAUUUUUCACUCAGUACUGUUGUCCUUAGAAAUCUUACCCAGAAAAAUGUUUGCAAAAAAGCUUGUCUUUAUUGGAUCGUUCAUUUAUUCCCGGUGUUAGACAUUUGUUAGGGAAAAAAUUUUAAAAAUAGCCCCUCCUUGGGUGGGGGCAGGGGAGGAUUUGAAAUGAGAUGAUGUUUACUGAGGCCAACAAUUGAAAAUUAAAUCUGCACUUUAUGAGAAUGAA